AUGCUCCUGCUCCAACGCGCAUUGGCAAGGGCGCCGUCAGCCGCAGCGCUUUGCGCUCUUGAGUCUCUGAGCGCUGCGCGUCGCGCGGUUCACGCAGGCGAAGCCAAGCCAGGAUGGCCCCCACAGAUGCUGCUUGGGGAAGACCAGUCAGCAUCCAUUCCUGCGGCUCAAGGAUGGAGCGUCGACAAGGAGGUGGAGAUGUGCAACAAGGAGAUGGAUGAUGUAUUUGGACUGCAGCACUUGGCAGACGUUCAGCGGGCUCCCGAUGCAGGUCUGGGGCACCGCAAGUCUCCAGCACCAGUCCAGUCUGAGAGUGAACAGGGGCUUUUCGACCAAAGAAAUAUGACUGCAAGGACCAGAUCAUGGCCAUCGACCCUGCCAGAUUGUGGCCCAGUUGCUGCUGCCAGUUUUACCCCUGCACACACUUCUGCAGAGGUUGCGGAGCAGGCUUCUGGGGUGGCACUUGAUGGCGGUGUUGCCAGACUGACGCACGUCGAUGGUGGAGGCAAGGCGGCCAUGGUUGACGUGUCCAAUGUGAGAAGGGCAACACACUGA